AUGAGUGUAACCAAGCCGGUUGCCAAUUUCAAGAUUUUUAAUCAACCUAUUGAUCUCAAUAAGGUGAAUGAACAAGUUCUUAAAAGCUGGGUCAUUGAGCGGUUGAGUGCACGAUUCCCUGAUGAUGAGAUUGUAAUUGACUUUGCCUUAGAACUAGUGUUUGGUACAGGCGCCACAGCCGCAACCUCUUCUUCUAAAUCAAUCUACGAUGAACGUAGCAGACCAGUUCGCAGUCCAGAUGCUGCACGCGUUCGUGAACAACUACGUGGGUUUUUUGGUGGUGAUGGCUCAGAGUGCGAUAGCUUUUGUCAUGAUUUGUGGGAACUUCUUGUUGAAGCACAAGAUAAUGCUGGAGUACCACCAAGCUUAGUAGCAGCCAAACGUGAGGAGAUGCGAGAGGCGCGUGCUGCACGCCAAUCUCGUGAGGCUAGAAGCCAACAGCAACAACAACAACAGCAGCAACAGGGGGCCCAGCGUGAUGGUGGAAGAGGCAUGAUGAAAAGAGAAGCUAAUGCGCGCCGUGAGUGGGACCGUAAUCAACGGCGGAUUAAAAGAGAAGAAGAAGAUGAUGAUGACGAUAAUCGGGAAUACUCGCGACAAUUUCAGCGCGGGCGCCUAAGCAGAGGAGAUACCUGUGGUCGGCGCGAUUUAAACAGUAGAAGAUAUCGUGACCGGUAUAAUGACCGCCAUCGAAUCAAGUGGGAAUAUGAUGAUGAAGACAACCAUAAUGGUGAUAAUAAAGAUACCCGAGGUGACUACUACGGUGAUGAAGGAACGGAUGAGGAAGGCCGCCAUAGACGGUCGCAUAGACGCAGUGCGUCACCACAAGAUUCUUACAGAAGCAGAUCCCGUAGCCGUGAUCGCGAUCGUGAUCGUGGUCGUGGUCGUGGGCAUGAUCACCGGUCCAGUCGCGAGCAUCGCAGGCAUGGCAGAAGUAGGAGUCGGAGCAGGAGCAGGAGCAGAAGCAGAAGCAGAAGCAGGAGUAGAAGCAGAAGCAGAAGCAGAAGUCGUGGUAGAGGCAGAUAUCAUAGUGUAAGUCCGAAUGGCAGCAGCCGCAGCGCGAGUCCUGCAGAAGAGCGUAGUAGUACUAAGGAAGGAGAUGGGCAGAAGAAGGAGAGAUGGGAUCGAGAUCGCUCAUCCAAGUCACGGGAUCAUCGGAUCUCUCGGGGCGUGCGGCGGGCUGCGCGCAGUCGAAGCCGUUAA